AUGGGGCACUGGGCAGCGACCCCCUCCCUGCUCCACCGGGUCCUGCGUGGGGCUGAGGACCGCUCUGCCCGCGCCACCUUUGCCGCAUGGCUCCGGUACCGCCAGGCCUGUGAGCAGCGCCUGCGCCUUGACCCCCCGGCCCCUGGGCCCGUCUGCAACCGCAGCUUUGACCUCUAUGCGUGCUGGGGGGAUGCGGCCCCCAACAGCACUGCCAGCGUCCCCUGCCCCCCAUACCUGCCCUGGCACCACCGAGUGCAGGGGGGGUUCGUGUUCCGGCGCUGCGGCCCCGAUGGGCACUGGGUCAGUGAUGGCACCGGGCGGCCGUGGCAGGACCAUGGGCAGUGUGAGGACCCUGCGCCGGAGCAGCCACUGCAGCGCCAGGCCUGGCUGCUGGAGCAGCUCCGGCUGCUUUACACCGUCGGGUACUCCCUGUCCCUCGUGGCUCUGGUCCUGGCGCUGCUGCUGCUGCUGCUCUUCAGGCGCCUUCGCUGCACCCGCAACUUGAUCCACGCCAACCUGUUCGUGUCCUUCGUGCUCCGAGCCGGGUCCAUCCUGACCCGGGACGCGCUCCUGCAGCGCCGCCUGCGGGUCGGGAGCGCGCACCCGCUGCAGGGGCUGCGGCUCGAGGCCGUGGCCGGGUGCCGCUUGGCCCAGGCCAUCACCCAGUACUGUGUGGGAGCCAACUACGGGUGGCUGCUGGCAGAGGGGCUGUUCCUGCACAAGCUGCUGGUGCUGGCAGCCUUCUCCGGAGAGCGCUGCCUGCCGGCAUUCCUGCUGCUGGGAUGGGGUGCCCCCCUGCUCUUCGUGGUGCCAUGGGUGGUGGUGCGGUACCUCUAUGAGAAUGAGGGAUGCUGGGAGAGGAACGAGAAGGCAGCGGUUUGGUGGAUCAUCCGGUGCCCCAUCCUGGCGGCCGUGGCGGUGAACUUCGUGGUCUUCAUCCGCAUUGUCCGUAUCCUCGUGGCCAAGGUCCGGGCGCAGCAGGUGUCACGUGGGGACACCAGGGUCAGGCUGGCACGGUCCACACUGACCCUGAUCCCGCUGCUGGGGGUGCACGAAGUCGCCUUCGCCUUGGUGGGGGAUGGCCCGGGGGGGGGGGCCCUGCGCCUCGUGCGGCUCUGCCUGCAAGUGCUGCUGUCCUCGUCACAGGGCCUUGUUGUCAGCGUCCUCUACUGCUUCGUCAACAAGGAGGUUCAGGCCGAGGUGCGCCGCUGUUGGCAGCGCUGCCGCCUCUCCGCCCCCCGCCCCCCCCCUCGGGGCCCCCCCCGCCGGUGCCGCCGUUACGAGGCCGUGGGGGGGGAGCGGCCGCCGCCCCCCCCCGGUACCGGGGGGCACCCGGGGGCAGAGAGCGUCUGCUGA